AUGUCGCGACGAAGCGAUCGUCCUCACAGGCACAGCCGUUCUAGCAAAUCUAGACAGGAAGAUAUUCCCGUCGACCCAAACCUGACGACUGGAGCCUCAUACCUACAAUACAACGAGACUGAGGGCUACAGCCAGGCUGAUCCAACGGUAUCCGACCCAACAGAGAGUCAGGACACAAGCCAGAUGGCGUAUUACAUGAUGCAGCAGCAGCAGCCUGCUACUGUCAAUCCCAAUGAAGUCCUCCUGAACCCAGGCCUCAGCUACACUUCUCAGAGUUAUCCCAGUUCUGCCUACCAAACUGACACAGAAGCCGAGCCGGAGGCUUCCUCCUCGGCGGCACAACCUCCCAGCCAGUAUCACUGCUCAGAGUGUGACCGGUUCUUUCCUGGAAACCGUGACUUCAACAAGCACAUGAAAAUACACGACAAACCGGUGAAAUGCAAGGCCGACGCUAGUUGCAAAGUUACAAAGGCAGAGCAGCGAGACAUGGACCGUCACUACCGAUCCUCGCACAGGGCCUACGCGGCCAGCAAGGGGAUCUUGACUGAAGAUGCCGUGUGCGGUUUCCAAGGUUGCACUUCAAAGUUCACUCGCAAGGAUAAUCUACUCAAACACUGGAAGAAGUUUCAUGGGUAUGAGCGAUCAGGGAACUGA